UCAGGUGCGGUUCUAUGCGGAGGUCUAAGUUACUGUGACGUGGCCCGGCCUGGGCGAGGAGAAGCCAAUAGGCAGGAUGGGGGCAGGCAGCGCGACACGCGCAUGCGUCGGGUCAGAGGUGGGGCUGGAGAUGGUGGCCGAGCCAGGCCAGAUCUAACCACACCUGCUCGGUGCCCGGAGUCCGCGGCAGGAGCAGUGCAGCGGCUGUGCAGCGGCAAUCACGAUGGCCUCAAGAAUUUUUAGAACAUAUUUACUGUACUGCCUAGUGUCUGUAUUCCUCUUUAUCUCUGCCUUAGCUGACAAUCAUGUAGAAGACCAUCAUCAAGGAAAUAUUCGCCUUGAUAAGAACCUAGUACAAGACAAAGAUCAUAUUAUGGAACACUUAGAAGGUGUAAUUGACAAACCAGAGUCCGAGAUGUCCCCACAAGAGCUACAGCUCCAUUACUUCAAAAUGCAUGAUUACGAUGGCAAUAAUUUGCUUGAUGGAUUAGAACUUGCUACUGCUAUAUCUCAUGUACAUAAACAGGAAAAUGGUGAACAUACUCAAGCAAUGAAAGAAGAGGAGCUAAUUAGUCUAAUAGAUGAUGUCUUAAGAGAUGAUGAUAAAAAUAAUGAUGGAUAUAUUGAUUAUGCUGAGUUCGCAAAAUCACUGGAAUAAGUGUUUUGAAUUUCUUCUAAAUGUGACCCAGUAUAAUGUGAUUCAUUACCAUCUCUGAUGAAAUACUGACUGUACAAACCACCCUCCAUGCUGCAGUGUUGUGGUAGGAAGAUGUAUAUCUGUUCCAUCUUAGUUUGUUUGUUUGUUCAUUUUGUUUGUUUGUUAAGAAGACUGCAUAACUCAGAGUACCACACUUGCCUAGAAGUAGACACUUAAUUCUUGAAGCAUAAAAUGUUAAAAAUGAUUGUGUGUACUUUAGUUUCAGUUGACAAACUUUUACAUACUAAGCAGUUUAAGGCUAUUGAGAGAUUAGACUAUUUUUCUCUAGCAUUUAAGAGUUCUGUUUUCAUUUAUAGAAUUCCUAGAAAGCAGGAAAAUGUGACCAUAAGAGUACAGUGGUGCAUCUGAAGAAAAAUCCUUCCUAACUCCACAUUAAGAUGAUAGAACUUUCAAAAGAGAACUUGCAUAGCAGUACAGACGUUUGAAACGUAGCAGGUGUCACACAAAACCAAAUUGUUCAGUUCAGUUUAGGCUUGAGCUUUACAUGAUACCCUAUGGACUUCAAUACUAUCUUUGCAGAAAUAAAAUAUUUUUAAAAGUAUGUAUUUUCUGGCUUACCCAUAUGUUUAUAUACAUCUUUUUUCAAUUUCUUCCCAUGUCGUAGAUCUAGGGUAUAGCUACCUGAACAAGUGACUGUGAGCUAAGUUAGGAUGUGAACUUGCAGAACUUCAUGCUGACAGUAUCUGUGUAUAUGCAUGUUUACCCAACUUGCAUCAAGGGGAAAGCUAUCUUUUGUUUACCAUGAAGUGGCAAAGGUCUGUAAGUUCACAACUCAGUUUGCCACGUACUAACACGUUCCUGUAGCUGCACUCUUCCUUUUUUUAUAAUGUAGUACUUUACUGGGUUUUUUCUGUACCACAACCGGUCUUUUUAAGAAAAAAGGAAGUAUUUUUAUUACGUUUAUAUGUUUUAUUAAUGCUGCAUAGCAUUUACUAUAGUAGUUUCUGAAAUCUCAUUUUGAAGUUCACAAUAUCAGAGAACUCAUAUGAUGGCUCUGUUCAAUUGGGUUCCUACAGUAUUACCCAGCAUAAUAGUAUAAUAGAAAUAAAACAAAAAACGCUGCCUUGUUAAAGUUUUUAUUGCUAUACCUUAACACUCAAACUUAGAGUAUUAUUUUUUUAGAAGAAUACCAAGUAUUUCAUUGCUAACACUUUGAAGAGUUUUACGAUACUUGAACUGUCUGCCAACUAAAAUAGUCUUGAGGAUAUUUUCUAUGUUUUGGCUCAAUACUUUAACUUGGGCAGAUUUAAAUACGAGAGAGAAGCGAUGAGUUGCUGCUUUGACAUACCGUUAAGUAUAGUUUAAAACUUAAAUUGCAUCAGACCAUCAAGUUUGUGAGUAAAAAAAUGUAAAUGCUAGCACAUUUCUGUAAAGUGUACAAAAAUCUAUUUUCUGUAUAAAAAUAUUCUUAUAAGCAAAAAAUUCAUUUGUAAAAAAUGUUUCCUAUGUUUAAAUGUUUGUGCAAAGAAAGCUGUGUCGAAUCUUCUUGUAAUAGCUACUUAUUUUGACAAAUUUGUAUAAUGGGUUAUGCAAGCAAUAAAAAAACAAAAACCAAAAAACUGAA